CUCCCUGGAACUGGCGCUAACCAGCGAGCGAGCGGGGGGACGGUGGACGACGACAACAGGACAGCACUUUGCAUUGCAGCAGUGACACUACACUGUCCACCAGCUUCCAUUUUCGAAGAUUCGAUUUAGUGCUUGCAUCGCGGGUUGUGCUGUUUAUGUCCAGGAUUCGUCCAAUAAAUCGUUUCUCCAUGGCCGAAACGAAGCCGAAGUAUAUUUAUGACCUGCCGUACUGCGAGAGGGAGGACCUCUGUCGCAUUUUGGAUGUAAACGGAAAAGACUGGAAAACCUUAGGUGGACUAAUGAAAUUUAAAACUUUUGACAUACAAUGUAUAGAAAGUUGUGAACGUCGUGGUCAAUCACCUUCAAAUGAGCUCCUCACAAAAUGGGGUUCUCAAAACCAUACAGUUCAGGAACUGUUUGUACUUCUGUCUCGAAUGCGCCAUUUCCACGCCAUGACAAUUUUAAAGCCAUUCGUUGAUCCUAAAUUUCAUAUACUUAUGUCUGAUGGAGAGGAAAGUUUAACAAAACUGUUGAAUAAUGUGUCUCUGCUGCAGCCUGUUAAAAAUAAUGCUGGCCCUUCUGCGAGCAGCUCUAAUGCAGUUGCUAGUGCAGUUGAUGACAAAACUUUUGGUGGGCACAAUCUCAAUGUGAUGAUGCCAGACACUCAAAAGUUGAGCAAACAAGGAUUUUCAGAUUCUGUAAAAAUUCAAAAUAUUGGAAGCCCCGUUUCCAUGGAAGAGAACAGCCCUCAAUUAGAAAAGACUGGCCCAGAUUUUGGUGCGCUUGGGACACUGCCAUCCCCCCCAGUUCUAAACCAAGCUUUGGGGCAGCCUAGACUAUCCCCAGCUGGUGUUGCAGCGCUUUCUGCACCUCCUAACAUUCCUAUGGCUCAGCAGAAUAUUCCAACAUCUGCGCGCAAGCUCUCUGUUUCGUCUAUGGCCACAACAAGUGAACACAUGCUACCAAUGAAAGAUUACAAAGAAUUAGAGGCAGCAACAAACGGUUGGAAUCCUGCUAACAUUCUUGGAAAGGGAGGGUUUGGAACAGUUUAUAAAGGACUUUGGAAAAAUACUGUUGUGGCCAUUAAGAGGAUUGAGAUUCCUAAAGGAGAUUCACGAGAAAGCCAAGAAAUUCCGUACCAGCAAUCCCAACGUGAACUUCAAGUUCUUCAAAGAAUCCACCAUCAAAAUAUUCUGCAGUUGUAUAGUUUCAGCUUCAAUGGUAACCAACCUUGUUUGGUCUACCAAUUCAUGGAGAGAGGGUCCUUGGAAGAUCGUUUGCAAUGCAAGAACAGAACAAGUCCCUUGUCAUGGCAGCAGAGGUACAAUAUUGCGAAGGGUGCCGCAAGAGGACUUCAAUAUUUGCAUACUGUUGAGGAGAAACCUCUCAUUCAUGGAGAUAUCAAGAGUGCCAAUAUCUUACUUGAUGCCAACUUUGAGCCCAGAAUUGGUGAUUUUGGUUUAGCCCGAGAAGGCCCUCACAAUCACUACACACACAUGAAAGUCAGUAGAGUCCAUGGAACCAGACCAUACCUACCUAGUGAGUUUCUCAGAUCGAAAAAGUUGUCAACCAAAGUUGAUACUUACAGCUUUGGUGUGGUCUUGUUUGAGAUAGCCACCGGACUUCGAGCAUAUGAUGAUAAACGACCUCAAAAAUUUUUGAGAGAGUUGGUCAAGAAACAUACGGAUGUACAUCAGCUCAUGGAUCCAAAAAUAGAAAAAGCCCCAACAAUUUUCAAAAGCUUCAUAGAUUUGGGCAUUGUGUGUGUCAGCUAUACCCCUCAAGAGCGCCCUGAAAUGUCAGUGGUGUGCCAAACUCUGGAUCAGCACACCAUUACUUCAAAGCCUGUUACUCCCAGGGAGCUUCAAGAAUAUUAUGAUGCUCUUAGAAGCCUUCCACAGCCGGUUGUUCAGCCAACAAGUCCUAUUAUAAGGCAUCCAGGCAAUUAUUUAAUUAAUGGACAGCCAGGUUAUCCAGUGAGCAAUCCAUCUACUUCCCAUCAAAUUGGCACUCCACCCCGUGUUUCCCCUGUUGAUAAUGGUGGUUCACCAAAGGGUGCCAAUGGUGGCAUCUCACCCACACCCAGGCUUCCAAACAUGGAACAACUGCUUCCUACAGAACCUCCUAGUGUCCCCAAUGCUCCUGCUGUCUCUCCAGCCAUUUCUGUUAUGCCCCCUACUGUCUCUGAGAUAAGCGACAGUUCGUCAAGAUCGUUUGCAAGUGAUUCUUCAGUCUCAAGCCGGGAAUAUCAGUCCGAGACCUCUUUGCCACCACCAGAAGAGGAUGAAGAUGUGAACACUUGUCUGCCCUUGGUUUCUGUGUUGGGUGUUAAUAAGUGAAUGUUAUUUUUAUUCAGAAGUGAACAUUGCAAGAACAACAACAACAAAAAACACUUCUAUGACAUGACAUGACUGUUUGUCAAAAUUUUAAUCAGGGUAUGAAUUACUGUUGUUUAUUUUAUGCAAAUGCAGCUUGAAUAUAAGUUGCUGUUUUUUGCUUUGCUUUUUAUAAUACUUUUACUUAUGUACUUAUUGUGAUUUGUUUGAUCUGUCUUUUUAAAAAUCUUCUGUGAUAUAAUUUUUAUCAGAUUAGAACCCAUGAGAUUGCUGGCCUUUCGGACCAUUCAACAUUCUUUUUUGUUCAAUUUUUACUUACUGUUUUGCUUAAGCUUCAGAACAAGUGAAACAUCAUAUUCAAUUAUUGCAAGUCUAUUCUAUUGAAAUUUGUUAUGAAAUGACUGAUUUUUAUUUUGUAAGGUUGAUUUAUGUGACUGAACCAACAAAGUGAAUGAUGAAAUGUCUAUUUUAGUGCUGUGAAAGGAGCUGUACUGCUUAUUUUAUUAUUAAGUACAAAUAUAUUUCUAAUAAACAAAA